AUGGCCGGAUACACGAGCAAGUUCUUCACACAUUGGUACAACUCAUCAACAAUUGAAGACUACCUAACUAUCUUAACCAACAAAAAUCCAUCGUCUCACUUAUUCAGUGUAGAUUUCUUCAAGAAAUAUUACACUGAAGAACUAAAUGGAAUCAGGAGACGGGUAAAAAAGCCAAUUCUGAACAUGGACACAUUAUUUCCCAUCAACGUGGAAAAACACUGGAUCUUGGUAGCUGUAUUCAUUAACAACAAAAUGGUGGUGUGCUAUGAUGGGAAGCACAGGAACCACCAAAAUACACUAAACACAAUCAAACAAUUGUUAACAGAUUGGGAAAAACACUCAGGUGUCCAGCUUUCGACUUGGACUACAGUUCAUGGCAUCACACCAACGCAAUUCAACAACGACGACUGUGGACCAUGGAUUUUGGCCAUAGCCAAAUGCUUGGCACUUGAAAAACCAAUCUGUUUUACAGAAAAGGAUAUACCGUACUUACGGAUACAGUUACACCAAGAAAUAAUGUCAAACUCGAUACAUUCGUAA